CGCUGGCGUUUCCGCCGGGCUGAGACCACAAAACUUUGGUUCCGCCAGAGAAGGAGAGAAGCGAGGAUAUGGGAAGUUGUUUCUCGGCGUCAGAGCCAUAGCGAAGAAGCUCAAUGGAUUCUUUGCCCUUCACCGCAGGAGAGCUGGUAUGUUUGGGGUCAAGCCUAGCCUUCUCGGGUCUCUUCUACUAUCUGCACAGGAAGAAGGCCAAGGUGGUGGCCAAAAUCCAGGAGGCUCCAAAGCUUCAGGUCAAUGCCAAUCUUCCCAGCAUCCUCUCUGCCACAGACAGCGGCUGCCUGGACUACGUCGUCAUUGAAGGAGUAGUACAGCCUGCCGAGGCCCCUCUGACCAGUCCAUAUCACAGAGAAUUGCAAGGGGUGAUCGAGAGACUGAUGCUGAAGGAGCAUCGCCUGAUCUGGAACAGUUUGGCCCGGAGCUGGACGGAUAGUGAGCGGGUGGUGCUGGAGCAGGUCCACACCGUCCCUUUUGUCUUGGCAUCCCCCGGCGGCAAGGAAUUUGGGGGGCAAGUGAGUGUGGAAUCACCCCUUGAUGCUGUCAGCCUUCCCCUGGAGACCGUGUAUGAGCGCUUCCAGCAGACCUCCCCAGGCUUCACGGACCUGUUGGGCCACUACCUGAGUGGAGAAAAGCCCAAGGGAUUCCUGGAGACAGAGGAGAUGCUCUUGGUGGGCAGCAGCCUCACCGGCAUUGGUCAACUGACACUUCAUCCAGAUGGGUCCCUCCACCUGCAGCCAGCCACCGAUGGCAAUGACUACUUCUUGUGUCUUGGUGACUGGCAAACGUUGCUGGCUGACGUGAAGUCGGUCAGCAACUUCUGGAAGUGGGCUACUGUGAUCUGUGGGUUGGUAGCCGUCGCUGCCAUCCUCCAUGCCCUCAGGCGUUUCUACCGCCUCCGCCGAUACAGGCAGGAGCAGGAGGCUCAGCAGCGAGAAUUUGAAGACCUCAGGCGCCAAGGUAACAUGGACCAGAAUGCGGAGCCGCCCGAAAAUCCCUGUGUCAUCUGCCUUACAAACCGCCGGGAGUGUGUGCUCCUGCCCUGCGGCCACGUCUGCUGUUGUUUUGACUGCUUCCAGGCUUUGCCCAACCGCAAUUGCCCCAUCUGCAGGAGAGCCAUAGAGCGGGUGGUUCCUCUUUAUCAGGCCUAAGAGAAUGGUCAGAACAGCUCCAAAAUAGCCAGUGGACCCUUCACACCACUACCAGCAAGGCAUUUCAGAGAGCUAACCAAACAGAGUCAUAUGGUCGUGUCAGGGAUUGGAAAGAUGAAACCACUGCUCCUUAAGUGUCAUGUCUCUUAGUUUCUCUCACCCCCUAUAUCAGUGGUUCUCAACCUGUGGGUCCCCAGAUGUUUUGGCCUUCA